UAUUCCCAAAGAAAUGUGAAUACACUUAAAAAAUAAUAUAAACAAUUCCUUUUGUUUGUCAAAUAAUGGGCACUCCUCAAGUCAAGUUAUGGUUAUUUCUGUGUUUAAACAUUUAACAUGUACUCAAGUGCAAACAUAUUAAAAAAACAAACCAAAAAAUUAAAACAGCUUUCUCAUACUUUGUUGACAUUGUAAUUUUCAGAGUAUGGCCUCUACAAUUAGCCUUCUCCCCGAGAAGCACUUCCUGUGCUCUCUGUGUGGAGACAUCUUCACCAGCCCGGUGACCACCCCAUGUGGACACAGCUUCUGCUCGUCCUGUCUCUGCCAAUACUGGACACGACACCAGUCCAAAUACUGCCCCAGCUGCAGGAGACUGUUUAGCGACAGGCCUGACCUCAGCGUCAACUACAUACUGGCAGAACUCUCAGAUAACUACAGGAAGGAUCGACCACAAGCUCCACCUGAUGAGGAAAUGGUUAUAGAUGUUGAGCAAAUGAUUCAGGAGAGGCAGCAGAAGGUAGAACGGUUUAAAUAUGCUCUGGAGUUACAACAGAACUCUUACCUCAGAGAGGUGCGAGAGAGCCAGAAGGUCUUUUCUGCCCUCGUCCACGCUAUGGAGAAGAGUCACAAAGCCGUAGUUGACGCAAUUGAGGGGAGAAAGAGAGAGGAGGAGAAGAGAGUGGCAACACUGGUGAAGGAAAUCGAACAGGAGAUCCAGGAGCUGACGAAGGAGAACACUGACCCAGAUCCCCGGAUUGCUCUGAAGAAUGAUCAAGAUGACGAUACGAUCCAAGACACCGUGAACGUUGCUCCCACGAUGUGCCCCUCUGAGAUGAAGGAUUGGUCCAAGGUUGUUAUAGAAGCUGACCCAUGUGUUGGGGUCACCAGACGAGCACUGGCAGACAUAAUGGAGAAGAUUAAGGUAGAAGUCAACAGGCUCUCCAAAUCUGAACUGAGGAGAAUAGAGAAGUACAUAGUGGAUGUCAAUCUGAGCGCCAAGACAGCCCACCCCUUCCUCUCCGUCUCGGAAGACAGAAAACAGGUGAGCCAUACGAACAAGCUUCAAGAGGUACCAGAUCACCCCAAGAGGUUCGACCGUGUGGCAAACGUGCUGGCCAAAGAAAGCUUCAGCGGCGGGAGGUGCUACUGGCAGGUGGAGGUGGGGGGGAAGAUGGAGUGGAAUCUGGGUGUUGUCAGACAGUCCAUAAACAGGAAGGGCAAGUUCUCCGUCUGCCCUGCAAAUGGCUUCUGGACUUUAAGCCUGAAGGCUGGAGGCCAGCUCAUUGCCAACACCUCUCCUGCCACGCCGUUGGCUCUGGAGCAGAGACCCAGGAAGGUGGGCGUGUUUCUGGACUACACUGAGGGCCGCGUGUCCUUCUACUGCGCGGAAUCCGGAGUCCACAUUCACACCUUCACAGAUACAUUCACUGACAGGCUUCAUCCAUUCUUCAGUCCCGGUCGCCUGCAUGGCGGCAAGAACGAUGCUCCCCUCAUCAUCUCUUCUAGUUUCUGCAGCAUUUAAACAUCCAACUUUUUCAUCUUCAACACAUCAUGUUUUUCUUUUAAUAUUUAUAAUUCUCCAGUAUGAAUAAAGUUGCUCUGCAUGUGAUUACCCUUCCAGUAUCAA